UCUGUGUCUGGAGGGGACCCGGCGCCAUCUCAGGUCUCUUUCCCUCGCUAGGGCCCACCACAGAAAACUGACGUCCAGGUCCUGUAAUCCUUAUGGGGGACCAACCUUGCACCUCCGGGAGAUCUACGCUCCCACCUGGAAACACGCGGGAAAUCAAGCCUCCGAAAAAGCGCUGCCUCCUAGCUCCACGGUGGGAUUAUCCGGAAGGGACCCCCAACGGAGGUAGUACCCCUCUCCCCUCCGCACCUCCUCCUGCAUCACCCGGCCUGAAGUCGCACCCUCCUCCUCCGGAGAAGUAGUAGACUAUACUUCUCCCACCCUAAGCCAGGUGUACAUCAUAGUGAUUGAUAUUUAUACACAUUCUGUAAUGAUCCCCCUGUAUUAUGAUAUAAUCAGUGUAGUACCAUCUCCUGAUUUGGAUGAAUUCUGGGACAUGACCAAGAUCAGGCUGUAGACCUCUAAGAUUGAAGACGAUGGCCUGGAUCAUGGUGAACUCACCAAAGCAAAUAAUGCCUGUGAGAUGUCCCUGCAGCAGCCUAUCAGUGCUCUAUUUGGUGACACCCAGACCUUACUAUUUAACUUUGAAUUUCUAUAAGUCCAUUAUAGUCACAAUAAAUUUUGUCUCUCAUUGCUGUGUUAAUUUUUGUAUGACUACUAUCUAGUAAAUUGUGACUUUUCAGUAAAUGUUUUAUAAUAACUCCCAAUAUAAAAUAUUACUGAAAUUGGUGUCAAAACAUGAUCUUCUUCCUACAAAUGGCCAUUCACUCAUACUUGGUAGUAUUAAAGUAUUGAAAGUGUAUGUGGAAGGAUACGGGGUAAAAUUUGAAAGAGAAUUAAGUUUCCAGAAUAUUCUUUUCACUUUACAGUCAAUUUUUCUAUGGUAUUUAUAUAUGGGAUCUUUGAUAUCCAUUAUUCAACAUCUUAAGUGUUUUCCUGGUCAAGUUGGUUGGUAUGCUUAUUAUUUGUUAUUUUCUACUUCAUUUCUAAAAUAUACAAAUAGGAAAUCUUAACUAAAAGCAGUAAUAAAAAUCAUGGUGGAAAUUAUGAGAAUUGGAAAACCUCAGUCAGGAACUUUUAAUUUUUCAUAUAGUUCAAAAUUUUUCAGAAAUUUGAUGAAAAAUUGAAGUUAAUUUUGGGGAGAACUUUACAUUAAAUAAUGUAGUAGAAGUACAAUAAUUUAAACUAUAUAUUACAUAGCAAUGUGUACGUAAGUCAGUGUAACAGGAUAUAAAAUCCAGAAAUAAACACAGGCUUAUCUAAGAAUUUAAAGACAGCAUUUCAAAGUAGUGGAGAAAGGCUGAAUCAUUCAUUAAACUGUGUUAAGAACAUCUGGCUGAUCAUGUGGGAAAAAUUAGAUCUCCCUCCUUGUACCAUAAAUUUAAAUGAGACAUCAAGUCUCAAAAAUAUUAGAGGGACACUUUGAUAAAUAUUUAUAUUAUUGUGGAAUUGGCAUGAACCCAUAGAUAAAAACAAUUCAGUCUUUCAAAACUUAUUCAUUAAAUACUAUAAUAAGACAUGCUAUAGCAAGUACUGGGCCUAUCAUGGUAAGAUGGCAAUCAGUACAACUUAGUCUAUCAGGGAGGGCAUAUCAUUAAACAAAUUAUAAUGUAUGGCUGGAUCCAUGUGCUCAAGUUGCCCUCAGACAUUUCUCCUUAUCUCCCAGGUCAGCUUUCUUUUCUUACUUUGUUUUCAUAUUGAGAAAGAUGGCAUCCUAGCACCUUCAGGAUUACAUUACAUUAAGCUCACAUAUUCGGAAGAAGAGGUGGUCUCUUUCCCAACUCCACACAUAAAUAGCUCAAAAUUACUUUAUUUGACUCUAUUUGGAUAAUAUAUCAGUUUAUAGAUGGAUCACUAUCCACCAGAGUAGGUGCUCCUACUGGACAAUCUAAGAGUGUAUGCUCACCAUAAAAGAGAGAAAGAUGAGGCUCCUUGCUUCACAGCCUCACCAGUGUCAUGUUGAAUCAGUGAGGGACAAUUUCUAAAACAAAGAGAAAUGGGACAGAUUAUAAACUAAUACGUUCACUAUAAAGCUGAAGAAUGAUGAAUAGUAACUAGGCAGCCCUGACUGAUGUGGCUAAGUUAAUUGGGC